ACCGAUAAGUGUCAUUCGCCCACUAUUUCCCGCAGUUCUGUUAACAAUGGCAUGUGUUCGGCAGGCGGGGGCGAAGGACACUGUUUACCGAUGUUGCGAGCAAAGAGGACUCUGGUACACAGCGGGAAAAACUCAGAUAACUUUUAUUUCCCUUUUGACCCAAUAGGGGGAUUUCAGCCACACCCGUUUCUGACAGGUGUAUAAAAUCGAGCACACAUGCAAUCUCCCCAGCCAAACAUUGGCCUUACUGAAGAGCUCAGUGACUUUCAAUGUGGCACCGUCAUAGGAUACCACCUUUCCAACAAGUCAGUUUGUAAAAUUUCUGCCCUGCUAGAGCUGCCCCGGUCAACUGUAAGUGCAGUUGUGGUGAAGUGGAAAAAUAUAGGAGCAACAACGGUAGGCCACAAGCUCACAACAGGACCAGUAUGCUACACAAUCUCACGGAACAGGCCCGCUUAGUGCAGGACGCACGUAGUGUGUAAAAAUAGUCUACCCUCGGUUGCAACACUCACUACCGAGUUCCAAACUGCCUCUAGAAGCAACGUCAGCACAAUAACUGUUAGUUGGGAGUUUAAUGAAAUGGGUUUAUAUGUCAGAUUAACCGCACAUGAGCCUAAAAUCACCAUGCGCACUGCCAAGCGUUGUCUGGAGUGGUGUAAAGCGCGCCGCCAUUGGACUGGAGCAGUGAAAACGCGUUCUCUGGAGUGAUGAAUAAUGCUUCACCAUCUGGCAGUCCGAUGGACAAAUCUUGGUUUGGUGGAUGCCAGGAAAACGCUACCUGCCCGGAUGGACAGUGCCAACUUUAACAUUUGGUGAAAGAGGAAUAAUGGUCUCGGGCUGUUUUUCAUGGUUCGGGCUAGGCCUCUUUGUUCCAGUGAAGGGAAAUCUUAACAUUAAAUCAUACUUUCUAGACGAUUCUGUGCUUCCAACUUUGUGGCAAUAGUUUGGGGAAGGCCAUUCCCCAAGCUCAGCAUGACAAUGCCCCUGUGUAGAAAGCGAGGGCCAUACUGAAAUGGUUUGUUGAGAACGGUGUGGAAGAACUUGACUGCCCUGCACAGAGCCCUGACCUCAACCCCAUCUAACACCUUCGGGAUAAAUUGGAACACAGACUGCGAGCCAGGCCUAAUCGCCCAACAUCCGUGCCCAACCUCACUAAUGCUCUUGUGGCUGAAUGGAAGCAAGUCCCCGCAGAAAUGUUCCAACAGCUUCGAGUGGAAAGUCUUCCCAGAAGAGUGGAGGCUGUUAUAACAGAAAAGGGGGGACCAACUCCAUAUUAAUGCCCAUGAUUUUGGAAUGAGAUGUUUGACGAGCAGGUAUCCACAUAAUUUUGGUCAUGUAGUGUAGUUUUAUUUACAAAUUGAACUAGCUAGCUACACUACAAGUAAAUCCGCUCUCUUGACCAUAGUUUCUUGUCUGGAUACGGGUGGAACUAAAAAUAGGGCCUUGAAGUACAUCGGACAUAAACAACAAGCACACAUUUAACGCGUACAUUUUUUUUAAAUGAGUGAAAGAAGCACCUAUUUCUUUUGAGAUAUUUUGAAUGACAGUUGUUAUUUGAAAUGUCUGAGCUGGCAUUGGAUGAAAUGUCCGUUUUAUCAGCAAUAUACUGUGAAAAGGACGAAUUUGAGCUACUUGAGAAAUCAGUGUUUUCACAGCAGAAAAGGGACUUGUAUUCCGCAUCCAGAUGGAGGUGGAAGCAGCCACCAGUGAGAGAACUCUUUUGAGUCUCCUCUUCCAGCUGCCAACAGAGUACCCCCACUGUGUCCCAAAAAUAAGUGUCAGCUCUAAACAGCUCUCCAGGAAACAAUGCCAACACAUCAAGCAGAGUCUGCUGGAAAAGGCCUCCGCACUGGAGCCAGACCCCAUGGUUCAUGAACUACUGCUGUGGCUCCAACAGAACUUCACUGAACUUACUUUAAAUGACCAGUCCCUGGUGGAGGUGCAAGAGGAGGUUGGUGAGGAGGAGACGUGGAUAGCUCUUUUUCUAAUAGACCAUAUGAGGUCCAAAACAAAAUAUAUAAAGGCAAUUGAAAAGUGGAGCUCGGAUUUGGGGCUCACCGGAAGGCUGUUCUUGGGGAAGUUGAUACUGGUCCUUCUGCAAGGCGCAAGGAGGAGUAUCAAGGAAUACAUCCAUCUCCAGAGAACUGUGAAAGUAGAUGUGGAUUCAUCAGGAAAGAGAUGCAAAGAGAAGAUGAUGAGAGUUCUUUGCGAAACCCAAGUCUCAGACCUCAAACGGAUCUCAUCUUUUGAAAUCAAAGAGUUUUUGUCCCUUGAGGAGCUACAAAGGGAGUUUGAGCAAGUUGGACUAUUGAAACUGUACCAAGAGUUUGUGGCCACAUUGCCGUAGCCAUCAUGGCUUUUGUCAAGUCAUGCUUUUCCAAACUGGUGCAGAUUAUGUGAACUUUAUACUUUCCAUAUGACAGUUAACGGAAGGACUAAUCUAAACAUCUGAUUAACAUUCAGUUAUGGGUUACAUUUGUGCAUUGAACAUGUAAACGGUAUUCAAAAGGUUUUUCUACCAUCCACAUGAUGGCAGCAAAGUCUACCAUUUGAAUCAAAGAUUUGUAAAGUUAGUUUAUUCAAAUCUUUUUUUUUUUAUUGUCACACACUGGAUAGGUGCUUUGAAAUGUGUUGUUAUACAGGGUCAGCCAUAGUUGCAUGGCACCACUGGAGCAAAUUACUGUGAAGUGCUUUGCUCAACAGCACAUCGAUAGGUUUUUCACCUUGCCAACUCAGGUAUCCACUUAAGCUCUUCCCUAGUUGAAAAGUUGUGCCUUGCUUUCUACUCCUGAAAGAUUUGUUCCUCCUUGUACCUCUUCAUCAGAUGAAAUACAUGAAGGUUAAGGUCAUAUAGAAAAACUUCUAUAAAGUGGUCCACAAAUCUCUGAUGUUACAUGAAAGUUGCAUCAUAGGACUUAGCUUCGGAUGGCGUAUAGGAUGUUGUAUACAGAUGCGUAUCGUUCCGAUACCUAGCGUCUGAAAUUAAUAACAGCCAUACAGUUUUAGCCUCGCGAGCCACCCUAAUUUCGCAAGCUUACAUACAGUGCAUUCGGAAAGUAUUCAGAUCCCUUGACUUUUUCCACAAUUUUGUUACGUUACAGAUUUGUUCUAAAAUGUAUUAAAAAUAAAAAUUUCUACAUAGAA